GCUUUUUGUUUUCAUUUGGUUCUGUUUUUGUUUUCGUUUUUCAUCUUCUUUCACCAGUCUCAUCAUCAUUGAUAGUGAUUGUAUUAUACCAUUAUACGAUUUCUGGAUCCGACUGGUUCAAGUUAUACAUAGUGCAUAUUGACUAAUUCAGUGUUUCAUUGUUUUAGGUGAUUCAAAAUUACACUUUGAAAUUCAAUUUGUUUACCUCUUGAUCAGCAAUUCUCGAUGAACCUCUUCAAUCUCAUGAUGAUUAAUCUUUCGUCUUGCACAUCCUUAUCGAUAAUGUUUGUGAUGCUAUUUGCAAUGUUGGUGCCAGUCAUUCACGCAAAUUCAAAGAUUCCUGGUAAACCAAGGGACGGGAUUAAAUUAGCAUCUUCAUCUCCAAGCUCUUCAUCUUUAUCAUCUGAUGAACGAGUGUUGUUGAGUCAAUCUCACAUGCAAUUCACAUUCGAUCUAAUGUCCAGCAUUGUGAUGACCGAAGCUUAUAACCCCAACUCCAAGCUUCUCCAAUCCAUUGUUUUCUCGCCUUUAAGUAUACAAUCUAUUUUAAUGAUGGUUCAUCUUGGUGUUAAAGGUCGAACCCGUGCAGAAAUUGCCUCUGCUCUACAUUUAGAUACCUUUCUUACCUCAAACGGUAUCAACAAUGUAAAUGGUUCCUUCAUCCGUACUCACCAAAUUUUCGGUGAAUCAGUAAACUCCCUUCUUGACGACGAUGACAUUAUCAAAUACUUCUCUAUGGCAAACCAAAUUUUUGUCAACAAAGACUUGACUGUGAACAACAAUUUCAAAAUUGCUCUUCAACGUUAUCAUGGAGCUUCACUGCGAUCAGUUGACUUUAAUUCCAAUGGAGUUGUUGAUAAAAUUAAUGACUGGGUUACCAAAACCACAAAAGGAGCCAUUAAAAAGUUUUUAAGUUCACCAAUAUCUCCAGCUACUGCUUUAGUUGCCUUAAAUGCUCUAAGUUACAAAGGAGACUGGCUUUACAAAUUUGAUGAGCAAGAAACGCAAAAGAAUUCCCUGUUUCAAUUGACUAAUGGACAGAAUGCGCGAGUAUCCAUGAUGGUUGGUAAAUUACCGAUUGCAUUCGGUGAAAUCAACGAUGGAAGGUUAAAGGCGUCUAUAAUUGAGCUUCCCUACAAAACCCAAAGGCUUGGUUUGUUCAUGGUUUUACCAUUGGAAGACUCACCUAAUGGUCUUUUCAAUUUAAUGCGAUCCCUUAAUUCAACUACUUUUACUCAAUUAAUUGCUUCAAUGAAGAAGAGUAAAAAAGGUGAUGAAGUAAACGUACGAAUUCCUAAAUUUGACAUAUCAUCCAAGCCUGAUUUAACAACAAUCCUUCGCUACUCUCUUGGCUUACGAUCCGUGUUUUCUGGAGGUGAAGCUGAUUUCACCUCUAUGUUUGAGACAACUCCUGUAUCCCAAUCGUCCUCACUGCCACCAAUAUCAUUGAGUCAAUUUACCCACCAAGCUGUUAUGUCAAUUAAUGAGAAUGGUUCAAUUGCUGGAGCUGCUAGUGCAACUUUAGUUGAAAGAGUUGGAUUAUUUAGUGGACCUUAUUUUGAAGCUGAUAGACCUUUCCUCUUCUUCUUGACCGAUAAACAAUCAGGCUUGAUUUUAUUUGCUGGUAUUUUUGCUCAGCCUAAUUAGUUAAUUUAAUCAAUUGGCCAAUUUAAUAGUUUAUCAUUUAGUUUUGGAUCCAUCUAACAUAAAUCUUCGAGGUCGUGGAUGUGAUCUGAAAAUAUGCUUAUUUAUUUAAAAAGAUCAUCUUUAACCACUUUCAUCGUCAUUUUCCUCAUUUUCAAAAAUGCUGUCAUUUUUUUCAUUUUUCACUCAAAAUUUUUCACCACCUUGAGUUCAUCUUAAUCAUCCAUAUCUGAUCUCACCUCUUUUCAUGUGCACGAGGCAGGGAUUUAAAUUAUCUCUACACUAAUGGAAUCAACUAAUUAUAAGCUUCGGUUAAUUGUGAAGCUGGGAAAAUGUUUCUCUUGACGACUAAUUUUGUAUCUGUUGAAAUAAUAUAAAAAAUUUAAAAUUUA